UAUACACUCUUGGAUGUCCAACCCCAUAAGUCUCUAGGUUAUAUUUUGCUAUAUAAAAAAAAGAGAAUAAAUUCAAAAGACAUGACAUGAGGUAUGAUUUUUCCUUUCUGGUUUAACUAUUUCUUUACACAUUUAACUUUUAAAACAUCAGAAUCAUACAAAACAGAAUCAUGACUAGAAGGCUAGUCAAUGGGUGGUUUACUGUUAACGCCCAGUAGUUAGUAAUCUGGUUUAUAUGGAAUUAUUUUUUUUAUUUUUAUUAAUUAAUUUUUUAUUUUUAUUAUUAUUAUUAUUAUUAUUUUGUCUAUGAGUUUACAGCCUCAUGUAUCCUCAUGAAAUAUACAGGAAAGAGUUAAAUUUCAUCAGAUGCAUCAUUUCCUGUAAGCAGGUUUCACUGCAGGCGCCUGUUAAUCAUCUCCCACCCCUCCAUCUCACACAUCCCCCUUUUCUUUCACUUCUCUCUUUCCUUCCUUCACGUGGGCUGUUCAGUUGGGCUGGACUAGUUCUUACAAGUUUCUUGCCUGCUGCACAUCUGGUAGAGCUUUAUCACUGAUGUCCAGCGCCCAAGGAGCUCGGAGAAAGCAGAACAGAGAAAAGACAUAAAGAGCGCCCUGUCCAUCCAGUCUGUUGACAGUGUGCCUCUGUCCCUGCGAUCAGGAAACCUGAGUGUAUUGAAGAAACGCUGGGAACAGACACAUCAGAAGAAACCUGCUUCUCAGCUGAGUGUGGCACCUGUGAGCCUUACAGCUCGGUCUGCUUCCUGCAAACCCAGCAGUCCUCCAGAACCACCUGCUUCCUCCAGCAAACUCAUGCGACAGCCCAGCCAGACUCAAGAGUCAACCUCCCAUGAGAGACCUGCAAAAAUAAAGCCAGACAUGGAGACUAAACAAAAGAAGUGUGUAAAAGAGGAUGAAAAAAGUGUGACUGCAUCCGAUCCAUUUUGCCCUGCGGAGAAACCAGCCCUCCCCCUCAAAAACCUCAAAAUGAUGUAUGAAAAGGGUAAAAGCAAGGUGCAAGCAGAAGUGAACAGCAGCUCAGAGAAUGUGGACACACAAAUGGGCAACAAAGGUACACCAAGUCUGAAGCGCAGCGCCUCUAUCAAGGACAGGAUGGUGAAAUAUCAAUUGGCGGUCACCAGACAGGCUUCUUUUACUGUCCCACGCUCUGCAAACCAGUCAGAAACAGAGGUUCCCUGCAUGGAUCAUAAGGAGAUUUCGCCACCUGCUGCUGAUGGACAGAUAGUGAGCACACUCCCUGAGUCAAAUUGCACAAAGAUCAAUAGAGAGCAUGUACACACAACAAGUCCCAGUGCAGCAACUGCUGUAUCAGAGAACAAGGACCCUCCUAAAGUCGCCAGGAAAUUUCACCUGCCUGUCCAGGAAAGAUGUGUAUCCUGCCUGAAGACUGUUUACCCAUUAGAGAAACAUGUUGCCAAUCAGCAGAUUUACCACAAAACUUGCUUCCGCUGUGCCGUUUGUAGUACAAAGCUCAGUUUGGGGACUUAUGCUUCUCUACAUGGCAACAUCUACUGUAAACCUCACUUCAACCAGCUAUUCAAGUCUAAGGGCAACUAUGAUGAGGGCUUUGGCCAUCGACCACACAAAGAAACGUGGACACCACGAACAAACGAGGAGGAACCUGAGGAAGGUGAAAACUCAAAGCCCUUUGUGGAAGACUCUGUGUUAGUGAAGCCUACAGAACAGCUGAGCCCUAAAGUGGAGAAGUCACGACUGGCCAAAUUCACUGACCUGGCUGCAGCUCUAGAGACAAGAAGUCAAAUGACCAGUUCCACAGAAAAACCACAAACCACUUCUGUGGAAACAAGAAAACUGAGAGUCGCAUGGCCACCUCCUGCAGACAGUGAUGGAAGCUCCAAAGUCUCCAGUCCUGGCACUGAAGUUGGAAAGGGUUCAUCUAAGCGUUUCAGAGCAAAGUGGCCUCCAGAGGAGGAAGCUCCACCAGCUCAGCAGAGCCCUGAAAGAGCAGAACUGAGAAGUCUGCGACGUAGUUCCUCUCUUAAAGAGCGGAGCCGUCCCUUUUCUGUGGCACCAAGCUUAGCAUUAUCCAAUGCUUCAAAACAAGAGUCACCAUUAUCUCACAAGGUUGCUUUGGUCAGACGAGGCUCGGUGGAGAAUCUUCAUUCACGGUCAAAAGUGAAAACAGACAAAACUGAAGUGCAAAAAGAGGCAAAAAUCCCAGAUGAAAAGAUAAAGCACAGCAACAACCAAUCCAAGGAGAAUGUUGAGAGUCCAGCCAUACUUAAUAGAAAAGAAAAGAUGUCACCUUCUAUUCUCAAACAGACACAACAAACAAAAGAGGAAGUUGAGCCACAACAAACAACAAAUGAGCUUGAUCUACAACAAACAAAUAAAGAGUCUCAGUCUCAUCUAACACAAAAGGAGCCUGAGAUAAAACAACAAGAGGUUCCGAAAGGUCAUGUGGAAGAUGAGGAAAAACCGGUGAAAUGCUUAAGCACAUCUCCUGUGCUCCAAUUCUACCAAGACACAUCCUCUCCAACUGUAGAAGAAAAAGCCCAUAGGACAUCUCAGGAUGUGGGCUUCUGGGAUGACGAGGAGGCUGAGGAGUCCCUGACAGUAGAGGAGAUGAUCAAGAGGAAUCGUUACUAUGAAGAUGAAGACGAGGAGGAGGAGGAAGUGGCAAUAGUUUGAUGAUAUAUGUCUUCAAUCCCUUCCAUUUAUUAUUUACUUUGAAAAUAUUACUGGGAAAAAUUCAAGUAUUUUAUUAUAUUUUAUCCUAGUACUGUACAUAUUUUCUUUAAACUUCGUUCUUGGAACUUGGAACUAUCACUACUUUUCUGUAUUUUGUACUUUGACAUCCAUGUUUUCUUUUGGUUGCUGUAAAAAAAUGACUUGUUUACAAAAAAGUUUUAAAAAUCACUUUUAUUGUUUCUUAAUCUAAAAAUAUUUUGUGUUGAUUCCAAUUUCCAAUUAAAGUACAUAAUUUCAGUUUUAUGUUGAAUGAUAAAUGUUAAAGUCAUUGAGCGUUUUAUGUGUAAUUUUAAAUAUUACAUAAAAAAAUUGGGAUAUC